AUGGAAGGCUCCACUGACGCCUUACACCGGUGGGUAUAUCCGAGUUCUAAGCCUCGUCAUCCCAAAGCUCCGGCGAAUGUUAUUCCCGUCUCCAAGUACGGAGAGGAGCAUUAUCCAGAGGAGUCAGUGCCGGCGGAUUACACGAUGGUGGACGACCUGGGUCGUAAGUGUCGGUAUAUCUUGGUCUUCCUCGUAUAUAACCAUAAGGGAGAGCGUCUACAGCGGAUUUCGCAUAUAAAUCAGAGUGCUGCUAAAUCUCAGCCGUUGACGCUCUUCGGGCACUUGAUCCCGGUGGACGCUCUGACUGACCGGGGAGCACAGCAGGUGAAGAGCAUUUUAAAGAGUAAACGGCGGCGCGACUACACGGCCAUGGGGGCCUUGGCGCCUUACCCGGUUGUUGCGUAUUUGGAAGAACUGGUGUUGGAAUAUGGUCAACGCCCCUUCGACUGUCCUGCCAUGUGGCUCCGUUCUCGCGGUGGUGUGUACUACAGGCUUGAGGAGCCUGCUGGCCGUUAUAAGAAAUUGUUCGGUGAGGAAAAGCGGCGUUUCGAUGUGUGCACUCGCUUGCUCAAAACACUUCAAAUACAACCCACACUGCAUCUCGAGGAGUUAAUCAACUUGAUUCAAUUCGGACACAGAGAGCCUUCGCUCGUCCCCGAGAUCAUCGCUGCCCAUGCCAUCGUGUCUAGCGAGAGUAAUGGUUCGGGACGCGAAAGCACUAACGCUUCUACCGGUUACGGCAACAUCCCUUCUGAGGAAUCCGAAGACGGCAGCACUGAUCGUGUCAACCGCCAGGCCAUAACCAGCGUAACGCUUGCAGCAGACCAACAUGUGCACGGUCAACACGCAGAUAGUGGCUCUCGCUCGCAGUACUCCAAAGCAUGCGAGUUGUUGCGGUCUCGAAGGGGCUGCGUCAGGGAAGAAAUCACGCCAUGGGGCGAGCGGUAUCGGCUAUACCCACCAGUUUCACGCCGCGAAAUCAUCCUCAAGUACGGCCAGUUCGUCAUCACGCAAGCACGCAUCUUCGGUGGAGACGCCGGGGACUGCGGAACCGUCACUACCACCGCUGAAUGA